GUGGCGGCGUUGCCACAGCAGCGGCGGCGGGGCCGGUGGUCGGGGAGCGCCAUGGAGGGGCUGGAAGGUGAGGUUGCAGUGCAAACUGGAGACCUGUUGCCAUGUAAGAUCUGUGGGAGGACGUUCUUUCCAGCAGCACUGAAAAAGCAUGGACCCAUUUGCCAAAAAACUUCUGCCAAGAAAAGGAAGACGUUUGAUUCCAGCCGACAGCGAGCGGAAGGAACUGACAUCCCCACAGUCAAACCCCUUAAGCCUCGGCCAGAACCACCCAAAAAGCCAUCCAACUGGAGGCGGAAGCACGAGGAGUUUAUAGCCACUAUCCGAGCAGCCAAAGGACUUAAUCUUAAAGAUGGUGGAAAACUCCCGCCACCGCCUCCGCCCUCAUAUGACCCUGAUUACAUUCAGUGUCCCUACUGUCAGAGGAGGUUCAAUGAGAACGCAGCAGACAGACACAUCAAUUUCUGUAAGGAGCAGGCAGCCCGGAUCACCAACAAGGGGAAGCUGGCAGCUGAUCCCAAAGGGAAGCUUCCGACUCGCACACAGUACAAACCUGCUGCAGUUAAGAAGAUGCCUUCUGUAGGAUCAACACCACCAUCAUCAUCAUCACGCUUACCCCAGCCAAGUGGUGUUACCAAAACUGUUGUAGGUGCCUCUUCAGGUAAAGCCCUCUCUUCCUCUGGAUCCGGUGGCACCAAAAUCCAGACAUUGUCACCAGCUCAUAAGAACUCCCUGGGAAUGGUGAACCCACAAACAGGUAGUAAGAUGGACAAGUUAGGCCCACCCCUGCGAACUGGAAGAGGUGUGCAAAGGGUUUAUGGCACUGACACACAGACAGACAGUACCAUCAAAAGACCCAAUGAGUUGUUGCCUAUAAAGAAAGGUGCGACCAAAACACGGACAUCAACCCCUCCCAGUGUGUCGAGGACCAUGAGCACAGGUGCUCUCAUAAACAAAAGGAAAACCAGCAACUCAGACAGUUACUCAAGACCUGACGGUAGAAUUGGUUCUGAGCACCCGUCCUCGGUGAAUGGAGGCCAUGCCAAAGGCAGCGAGGGGAAUUCUGUCCAGGUAUCCAAGUUCUGCCACGAGUGUGGGACCAGGUACCCCGUGGAAUGGGCCAAGUUCUGCUGCGAGUGCGGCGUUCGAAGGAUGGGGGUGUGAACACCCUCUUAAAAACAGAAAGAAAGUGCGCAGUGAGAAGUGUCUGCUCUGCUCUGCUGCAUGGAAAGCUAGAGCACAUCUCCAGGUACACCUCAUGCUGCACACCUAUUGGAACAUCAUAGUGUCAUCUUCUGAGUGCAAUCUUCUGGUUACACCGUUAUUUAUGAACAAAUAGAUAUACUGUAUAUAAAAAUAGCAGGUACCUAAAACUGUGCCAUUCAAUGAAAUACUCUUCAAUCUCUGAUGGAAAUAUUUGAAGUUAAGGUAAAAAUGUGUUAAGUAACUUUGGUAGCAGAAGUGGUUCAAUGUUAUUUUUCUUGUAAAUCCUACUAGAUAAAUGAUUAUUUAAAUCACUUAGCAGGAUAAUAGUUACCCACGGGGAAAUAGCCACGAAGAACUUGGCCUUCAAAAGUUUCUCUGUGGAGGCAUUUCUUUCAUGUGUGACAGUAACUGGGAUACUGUGUUCUAAGGGGAAACAGCACGAGGAACUUAUAAAUUCCUAGUUAAAAGUGCAAAAAGUCUGGAUCCCUUAAACUCUCCAACAGUAAUAUCCAAACUGGACUUUCCAAUUACAUCCUAGGAUUUUUUUAAAGUAUCAAUUUGAAGAACUAUAUGAGAAUUCUGUUCACAUGUAAGAAGAAAAGUAAGAAAUUUUUUUUGUGGCUUUCCAUGUUCUGUUUUCCAAUAAGAACAUGUUAAUCUUUUUAUGUAUUUAUAAGGAAAAAUGUGCUAUCCUAUUUUAUUAAGUUCCCUUUGUUCAGAAGUACUUGUUGUCUUCCUCCUCUGCUCCACAGAUCUAAAAGUGCUGUGCUUUAUGUCUUUAAAGGUUUCCAAAGCCCCGCUCCUUUUCUCUAUUCCCUCCUUUCCUGAAGGAGAGCCAAAGUCUAUGCUUGUCCUACUGAAACCUUGAGCUCUUAUUUUGAAAACAGCCUUCUUGAUGUAUCCAAUACACACACACCAAAAAAAAAAAAAAAAAUCCAUAAAAAUGUAUGUUGUUAGAGCAAUAGAACUUGUAAGUAGUGACUGGUUUUCACUCUGGUUGCAGUGCAAACAGCAGAGUUCCAGAUGAGUGUGCACGGAGUGACUGCCCCACAGCUCUCUGGGUUGUCCCCCCGGGUGGGGUUUGCAGCACGGAGUGACUGCCCCACAGCUCUCUGGGUUGUCCCCCCGCGUGGGGUUUGCAGCACGGAGUGACUGCCCCACAGCUCUCUGGGUUGUCCCCCCGCGUGGGGUUUGCAGCACGGAGUGACUGCCCCACAGCUCUCUGGGUUGUCACCCCGCGUGGGGUUUGCAGCCUUUUGUGAUGUUGGGCUCUGAGGAGCAGCCUUUGGGAAGGAGUGAGGGACUUCACAUUCCCUUGGUGUGAAGAAGGGUCUGGCCCUGGAAGGUGGUGGUGGUUUUUACAUCAAUUAUGCAGUAUAUGAAAGCCAUUCACAGGCCAAAUCACUUGUAGGUGACUGUAGUGAUGUGUUUGAAGUCUGGCUUUGAAGUGUUGGCACCUCCUAGUUAUGUGUGACAGAACGAUCAGAAAGAACUGAAUUGUGCCUUUCCCACAAUAAGCAGCCUCUUUUUGUCAGGAAUGGUUCCUUUCAGCUCACAAACACCAUUGGUGUCAGUUUGUAUAACUUCUGUGGAGCUUGUGCCACACAGGCUGUAGUGCUGUGCGGCGGGGCUGGGACCACUGGGCACAUCCCAGCACUUGGGAUCAGUCAGUGGGGCCAGCUCUGAAGAAAGUGUGAUUGGAGAAAAGCUUCUCCAGAGCAGGUACCACUCUUGGGGGGUGAGAGAUUGGAGAGUCUUGAUGUCGUCAUGUUGCAGGCCACAGAUGAGUGAUGGGCUGGAAUUAGUUCAUCGGUGUGCAGUUGUCUUAUGCUUUUUAUUGACAGUUGGUUUUAGAAACUAUCCUUCAUUCAGUGUGGUCUUGUCUUACUAUAAUUUGCCUGAGCUGGCUCCUGAGCUUGGUGGGAUAGAUGACUGGUAAUGAUAGAGAUGACAAAUCUUUGCCAAAUCAUGUUCCAGGUGGUUUAGGUUCUAGGAUCCAUAUUUGGCACACUCGUAUCCGUAGCUAACAAUGGGAACCCCACAUCCCUUGCACAGAGAGGCCUGGUGUGGGCACUGUGCCCUGGAGGUGGGCUGUGGGAAGCAGAGUGCCCCUCAGCAAGGAGCUGAGCCCAGAGUGGGUCUGAGCAGUUCCUGAUCUGCUGAGUCAUCAGUUCCUGUGGCUGACUCAUGGAUUGCCAGUUCUUGUUUCUGCUGGGAAGAUGCAUUUUACCAUUUAUUGAAACCGCUUUUUACAAAGGGAAGGUUUAGUAGGGAAAUAAAUCUGGACCAGGCUUGCUGUAAGGGUAGGGAACACAUACUGGCCAUUUAUUCUUUGAACUUUAGGAGGCAGGUUCCCUGGUUUCCAGUCAACUCCUGUACAGUUACCAGAAGAGCUGCGUUUGGAGCUGUUUGUGAACGCUCUGCUUCCAGUGGAGCAGUUAGUUAAUUCUCCCAGUGACACAUCCUUCACCUUGUGGACACGUCUGUGAUCUGUGCAAGGACUGGACAGGGCAGUAACCUGAGCCAAAACAAGAAUUUUUAAAAGAUUUCCUUAACUUUUUAUUUGGCCUUACAAGAAGGUCUAUUGAAACACAGAUGGCUGCUGAUAGUAAUAUUGGGUAACGUGCACAAUAAACGCAGGCAGACAGUGAGCCCAGGCUGUGCAGCUCAGUGCUGUGCAGCUCAGUGCUGUGCAGAGGGACUGUGAGGUGGGAGCGUUUCCCCUCCCUCCGCUGGCUCUGUUGGUGAAGGGCAGAGGUUCCCCAGCUCUCCUGGCGCUGCAGGGCCCAGGCUGUGUGUGACACAGGGGUUAUCAGCACGGAUCCCUGGCAUGGAUUGCAUCUCAGGGGGGUGUCUCUUAGAAAUAGCUGCUUGUUUCCACAGUGCCCCUGCAGAACCAAGUGUGGAAGACAAAGCUGUUACAUUUAAAGAGAAAAAAACCCAAACUGUUAAGGGAGGUGAUUUUUUCUUUUAAUCUUUAGGUGUAUUGCAACCCAGUUUUAAUUUAUUAAAGACCUAGGUCCAAACCCUCUUGCCCCAGCCCUCCCCCUGGCCUUUAUGGCUUGGGUUUUGUGGGAGGGAAAACCAUGGAUAGAUACAUCCUGAGAGGGGAGUGUUCCAAAAAGGCUCAACAAUCAAGACCUGGGUAGCUGUGAAGAUAACCCCCCAGAUGAACCAGCACUGCUGACACACUGCCCUGCUGAGUGGGAACUGAACCAGUGCCAUCCUCUGGGUGCCAGCCUCACGGGUAUUUAACCUAAAAGCCCAAAUUCCUGACAGUUCACACGUAAAUUCACAGGAGGGUGUGAUUACUCUGUUUCCCAUCUGUCUUCCCACUUCUGUGUGUGUGUGUGUACGUAGGGGGUGUGUGUGAGCACACUCGUGUGUUCUGUGACAACUCAUCAGUUGUACAAACAUAAGACUAUUUUGGCUAAAGCUGCAUGGGGAGAGAGCAGUCGGGGGGGGGGGGCUCAGGUCUUACUGCCCCGUGAAGGCGCCGUGUGUUUAACGAUGGCGUUAAUGGUUUCUGUGCCAAUGCCUGGCUCUGGCAGACGUGUUUUACCGGGUGCCACCGGGUCUUCCUGGUGUGCUUACCGAGGGUCUGCCAUCCCUUUGAAAUACAAAAAAAAAAGAAAAAGAAGUGGAAGGUGAAAUUCCCCCUGAGGAGCCGAGGCGAAGGCUGGUGUUGGUGCGUGGCCCGGGGGCGUCC